AUGAAAGUAUUAUUUUACUUGUUGUAUAAGAGGGACCUGGAACGAGUCUCUCAUCCCGGUCUGUACACAUUGCCGCUAGUCUGAUGGACGUGUGAGGAAGACCUAAAUAACAAUAAAUAUGGCUAACUUAGCGGUCCAGGACUUGAAGACGCUGGACAUCAGCAAACUGACGGCACUCUCAACGGAGGUUAUCAGCCGGCAAGCCACAAUCAACAUUGGUACUAUUGGUCAUGUAGCCCAUGGAAAGUCGACAGUUGUUAAGGCGAUAUCAGGAGUCCAGACUGUUAGAUUCAAGAAUGAGUUAGAAAGGAAUAUUACAAUCAAAUUAGGGUAUGCCAACGCCAAAAUCUACAAAUGUGAUAAUCAUAAGUGUCCGCGGCCAUCGUGCUUCAUCUCUGCAAGCUCUCAUAAGGAAGAUGCCUUCCCCUGUGCCAGAUCUAAUUGCUCCGGGAAAUUCAGAAUAGUGAGGCAUGUAUCAUUUGUUGAUUGCCCUGGUCAUGACAUUUUGAUGGCUACUAUGUUAAACGGUGCUGCAGUCAUGGAUGCUGCACUAUUACUAAUUGCCGCAAAUGAGACAUGUCCACAGCCCCAGACGUCGGAGCAUCUGGCAGCCAUUGAAAUCAUGAAGCUUAAGCAUAUACUUAUUCUUCAAAAUAAAAUUGAUCUCUGUAGAGAGUCUCAACUACGGGAACAGUAUGAUCAAAUUCUUAGAUUCAUACAAGGCACUGUGGCUGAAGGUGCACCAGUUAUCCCCAUUUCUGCACAACUCAAGUUAAACAUUGAUGUAGUGUGUGAAUACAUCAUGAAGAAGAUUCCCAUACCAGAACGUGACUUUAUGACAGAGCCACGUCUCAUUGUCAUUAGGUCGUUUGACGUGAACAAGCCUGGCUGUGAGGUCGAAGACCUGAAGGGUGGUGUUGCUGGGGGCUCCAUCUUGAGAGGGGUAUUGAAGAUUGGUCAAGAGAUUGAGGUGCGACCAGGGAUUAUUUCACGUGACCCGGAGUCUGGCCGAGUUAUUUGUAAGCCAAUCAGAUCUAGAAUCAUUUCCCUCUUUGCCGAGACCAAUGAACUACAGUUUGCUGUCCCAGGUGGUCUUAUUGGUGUUGGCACCAAGAUUGACCCAACCCUCUGCCGAGCAGAUCGUAUGGUGGGUCAAGUGCUGGGGGCUAUAGGCUCACUUCCAGAGAUCUUCACCGAACUUGAGAUUUCUUACUUCCUUCUUAGGCGAUUGUUGGGUGUUCGCACAGAAGGUGACAAAAAAGGUGCCAAGGUUCAAAAACUAACGAAAAAUGAAAUGCUAAUGGUGAACAUUGGUUCCUUGUCUACUGGUGGACGAGUUUUAGCUGUUAGGGCAGAUUUGGCCAAGAUUACACUCACGCAGCCAGUCUGUACAGAGGAAGGAGAAAAAAUUGCCUUAUCCCGUAGGAUUGAUAAGCAUUGGCGUCUAAUUGGUUGGGGUCAAAUUCGACGAGGUGUCACCAUUAAGCCCGAGUAACGCAUACAGCUAAACUAAACAUAUAAUGCCAAUUAAGGAGGGAUUUGGUUUAGCAAGUACUAGUUCCUUUUUUUUUUUUCCCUAUAAAAGAAGGCAUGUAUAAGAUAUUGAUUUCAUUAUAUAGGUAUUCAUAUUGCAAGUUUCUUGUAACAAAAUUUUAAAUUAACUGUCAGGUGGUUGUUAACUUUUCUAACUUGUGCAUGUACUGCCAUGAGCUAUCAUUAAAUGUAAUAAAAAAUUGUUGACCGAUAAAUUGUACAUUAUAGAUUGUAAAAUAAUAACUAUUUAUACAGUACAGUAUAUCUUUGCAGAUUAUGCUCAAAACACUUGGUCCUAAUGUGUUUGGUAGAUUUUGAAUAUAUAUGUAUGUUGCUAAAGAUUUUUUUUUUUAAAUUGCCAGAUGAAAAAACAUACAGUAUUGUUGCAGAUACAUCUAGCAAGAUCUUUUCUCUGUAAAGCUAGCAGUGGAAAAGUAAACAACUUUCAAGUUGUGUGAGGUACUCUUUCUUUCAUCUAGGUUUCUAAUAAAAGUAUUACAAGUG